AUGGAUCGGAUACCAAACUUGCGAGACAGCUUUGCGCGCGAACAGGAUUUGGGAAGACAAAACUCCUCACUGGUGAUAAGAGCUGCACCAGGCAUUCACUAUCGCCGAACUACCAAUGAGAGAUUCCGAAAGUAUCCGGUCGUUAGCGGGGCGCUGGCCUCACCUCCACGAUUUGCCGUUCGAGGAUGUUCCGGACACUCGAGUGGACAUAUUGAUCGGCUGUGA